UUUUGUUUGUGGACACGUUUCGGAGCGACCUCUUCGGGGAGACAAGGCUUCUCGCGAAAAAUAAAAAAGUGUAAAAAAAAACUUUGUGUAAAAUAAUUUUUGUGGAAAAGUGUGGUGAAAAGCGCAGGAAAACACGCCUUAUUGCGGAUAAAGGGUGCAUAAUUGGCAACGUUUUUGUGCAUUGUGGUAAUUGGGUGUGAAUUGUGGUCGAUACGGGGCGUCAGGCAGGUCCGUGGCGAGUUUUCGCGUUUGAGAAGAAGAAUCCAAUAAUGGUGGACAUGUCAUGAGAAUAACUCGCAGCACCAAAGAAAUGGAUGAAAAUUCGUCAGCUCUUGGCCAUCAGAACGGUGGUGGAGGUGCCAUGAGCGGUGUGGUGGUCUCAUCGCAAAUGGGUGGCAAUAACUCGACUGCCAUUAACAAUAAGGGACAGCAGCAGCAGGAUGAUAAUCAAACUAACCCGACGAGUGGACAUUUCUACACAAUUCCUGGUAUCCUCCACUUCAUACAGCAUGAAUGGGCGCGAUUUGAGCAUGACCGCUCCCAAUGGGAUGUCGACAGGGCAGAAUUGCAGGCUCGUAUUGCUGUACUGUUGGGCGAAAGAAAGAGCCAGGAAUCCCUAAAGUCCGAUUUAGUUCGUCGAAUUAAGAUGCUCGAAUAUGCACUGAGGCAGGAGAGAGCAAAGUAUCAUCGUUUGAAAUUUGGCUGCGAUCCACCGACAAUGAAUGAUGACAUUAAACCACCAUCGGAUGAGACGGCUGCCCUGGAGGUAGCGGCUGCAGCGGCGGCGGCCACGGACACAGAAGCACCCUUUACGUCCGUUACAAAUAUCACCUGGCGACAGGGGAGGCAACUUUUGCGACAAUAUCUCCUUGAGAUUGGAUAUACGGAAACAAUUUUGGAUGUACGUGCAAAUCGAGUGCGCUCCCUGCUGGGGCUCAACAACAAUGCCGAACAGCAGGAGGAUAAUGCAAAUCCCAACAAUAUUAAUGGUAAUGAGAACAAUAAGAGAGCCAGUGAGACGCAAGGACGACGAACACCGGCAAAGAAGGCACAACCAUCAAAUAUGACGGAGGCUAUGAUACUCGAUUCGGAGGCCGCUGUAAUGGCAAAUUUUGAUUUUUUGUCACAAACCGAUGUUGAGAUGUCGGAUGACGAUGAAAUUGGGGAUGACCUGGAUUUGAUUGGGGAUGAGGAGCGAAAAAGAAAUGUCAAAGGAAUGCUUACAAAUGAAGACGAUGUUGAUGCUGAAGCUGAAGAAGUCCUCAAUGAGCUCAACAUGUUAACUGGAGGCGAGGACAACAUGACAGGUUUCACCGAUACACCAAGUCGACGAAAUAUGAUUUCGGGCGAUGAAGAUGUGGAUUCGUCACUUGGUUUGGGUGAAUUGGCACAGCUGACGGUGAAUAAUGAGGCAGAAACGGCGUAUGAUGGGUCAAAUACCAAGGAAUCAUAUAGGAAGACAUGGAAUGCCAAAUAUACAUUGAGAUCCCAUUUUGAUGGGGUACGUGCAUUGGCAUUUCAUCCACAGGAGCCGGUUUUGAUUACAGCAUCGGAAGAUCAUACGCUAAAGCUGUGGAAUCUGCAGAAGACGGUGCCAGCAAAGAAGUCAGCUAGUCUCGAUGUUGAGCCAUUGUAUACGUUCCGUGCGCACAGUGGCCCAGUCAUAUGUCUGGCCAUGUCCACAAAUGGUGAGCAAUGCUACUCAGGUGGGCUCGAUAGCAUGAUAAAUGUGUGGAAUUUGCCAAAUUCCAACAUUGACCCGUACGACAGUUACGACCCGACUGUCCUCAAGGGUACACUCGAGGGUCAUACAGAUGCCAUUUGGGGUCUUGCUGUUAAUCACACCCACGGGCACCUUGUGUCCUCAUCUGCUGAUGGUACGGUUAAACUGUGGGCACCACAAGCCAAGACGCCACUCCUCAAGACGUACACAUCAGACACGGAGGGUAUACCCACCUCUGUGGACUUUGUACGUGACGAAGCUGAUAGAAUUGUGGUGGCCUAUCCCACGGCGAGAUGCGUCAUUUAUGACACAGAAACGGGAAAACCCAUCGUGAAACUAGAGCAAGCGUCACAGGAGAUGGGUGGUGUAUUCGCAAAGUAUAUCAAUCGCGUGAUAAGCCACCCACUCCUUCCAGUCACAAUAACAGCCCAUGAGGAUCGUCAUAUUCGAUUCUGGGACAACACGAGUGGCACACUGGUGCACUCGAUGGUGGCCCAUUUGGAUGCUGUCACUAGUCUGGCCAUUGAUUCCCAAGGGCUGUACCUCCUUUCGGGAUCGCACGACUCAUCGAUACGCCUGUGGAAUCUGGACAAUAAGACGUGCGUCCAGGAGAUUACGGCUCAUCGCAAGAAGUUCGAUGAGAGUAUAUUGGAUGUCUCCUUCCAUCCAUCACGACCGUAUAUUGCAAGUGCUGGCGCUGAUGCUCUUGCCAAAGUCUUUGUCUAAAGUGCGCGAAUUAAAACAAUUAAAAAAAAAAGUUCAUAAAAUCUCAUGAGGACGUCUGGACGUCGUGGGGAGCGCAGAAAGAGUGAGUUUGAAAAGAUAAGAAACACACUGUCAUUCAAUUGAGCACAUCUCUCUAAAACAAAAAAAAAUUGCAAAAUAGAGUAGAAAAGAUGAAAUUGUAGCAAGAAAAUAAAGAGAAAACAAAAACAUAGUGUAGGAUCGUGA